AUUUCUUUUUCUUCUCCUGUAGGUUUAGAAAUAUCAGUUAUUCAAGUGGUGGCUACAGUUCCGCACUGGUGUGGCUGCCAUGAAUCGAAGAAGAACUGGUGGCAGAGGCACCGCUCCUACCACGAAGAUAAGUCACCAACCUCCGAGGCUGCUCAUUGUGCAUAUCACUGCACCCUCCUGGGCCGACAUCUGCCCCAACCUCUGUGAGGCCUUACAGAACUUCUUCUCCAUCACCUGCAAUUUGAUGGGCCCCAGCCGCAUGUCUCUGUUCAGCUUAUACACAGUACAAAACCAGCAUGAGUGUGUCCUCCCGUUUGUGCAAGUGAGAGGGAACUUUGUUAGGUUGCAGACCUGCAUCUCAGAGCUGCGCACGCUUCAGGUAGAAGGUUGUUACAGACCCCAUCAUACCUUACUGCCACUGGCUGUAGAGGAUGGGCUCCAACAGUUCAAACAGUUCAGCAGAUACAUGGCCACCAGUGCUACUACUCAGCCCAGUACUUCCCUGGAGAUUACUGUCCUGACUUCUCAGCCUGGAAAAGAAGUGAUCAGACAACUGGAGGAAGGGUUGAAGGAUAUAAACCUACUUUGUGUCAGAAGGCUGCAAGUGGUUGAGAUCCCAAAAGACAUCCAAGAGCAUAGAGACUCACCAUCUCCCGUUGAAGAAUCCAGCAAUGAUGACAGUGCUCUCCUGGAAGCUGACAUUGUCCUUCAGACUCUCGACAACGACGUCGUCAGCAUGGAGGUCUUCUUCAAAGCCUGGCUGCAUAACAGUGAAACCGACCGAGAACACAUCCAUCUUCUUCUUGCUCCACAGAGCCUUCCUCCUUCUUCCACAGACAAGGAUAAUCCAAUGUGCCUGAAAUGUGACCUCCAAGAGCGAUUUCUCAGCCCAUCCCUGCUUCCUGGGACAGCCGAUGGCACGUUGAGGACAGAUGAUCCCAAAGGAGACAUCAGCACACUCUACCAGAUGGCUUCCCUGUCUCCAGACUCCCCGUACAAGCUGCAAGUGAUCAAGGCUCUAAAAUCCAGUGGGAUCUGUGAGUCCCUGACCUACGGACUCCCCUUCAUCCUCAGACCCACAAGCUGCUGGAAGCUGGACUGGGAUGAGCUGGAGACAAACCAGCAACAUUUCCACGCUCUGUGUCACUGCUUGCUGAAAAGAGAUUGGCUGCUGUUGGCCAGAGGGGAACCCCAGAUCCCCAGACGCAGUCAGAAUGUCCCUGCCAGCAACUUCUAUGUGAUCACACCAUCUCACUCUCUCACACUGCUGGCGAAGUUGGUGGCCACCAGGGAACUGAUGCUGCCUGGCUUCUUCCCCACACUGUCCGAGGACCCACCUGAAGACAGCCUAAAGAUCAUAGAGAACACACUAGACAGCCUGGAGCUGGGAGCCACCUACAACCCCCUGCAAGUUGAGAGCCGCCUGUACUCACAUCUGAGUAGCACCCAUGCCAAGCCUCAGGGACGCCUCUCCACAAGCAGGGAGAGCAGAGGCCUUAGAAAGGGUGGACAGCCACAGACCAGCAGAGUCCGAACAACAGUGCUCCCCCUGACAGUGGCUCCAGCCACAGGUAGAGCUCCCAAGAUGUCAGCAGCCAACAAAACUUCCUCAGGAACCUUCCUGCCCUCUGACUCAGAAGAAGAGUAUCCUUCUCAGACCUAAGCCUCCAGCGCCAGGACAAAGCCACACUGCACAGGAUGGCUGCCCCAGUGUGGAUCUGCCUUCUCUCCAUCUGAACCUCCCCACCUCUGGCCCCGGUACUGCCCUUGCCCAACUUGGGGCUGAAAGCAGCACACCCAGACCUGUCUUUUUUGUCCAGCAGGGAUUUUCUUCCUCUUUCGAGUUAUUUGAUAGCGUUGACACAAAUAAAUGUCCAGUAAGCCUC